GAAGCUCGAAUGCAAAAGAGGCAAGCUCGAUCCCAUCGGGUUCAUUGACCCAAACACAGUUCAUGUAGUUACGGUUCGAGACUACCCCAAGGACACAGAGGACAACAUGCUAAUGUUUUUACAGAAGCAAGCAGACAAAGAGGAUAUAUUUUUUCCCUACAAUUUCAACUUUCACUUUAUUCUCCUAAUCAUUCAGCUUAAGAAAGGAGUCGUACUUGUAAUGGACUCGAAACGUUAUGAACAUGCGGAAUGGGAGAACAUGGCUAAGCUGCUCCAGAGGGCUUGGAAACGGUUCAUCAAUGUUGUUCCAGGUGAAUGGAAACCGGAGCUUACAUUUGAAGAUUAUCCUUGUAUGAGGCAGGAACGCGGGAAUAACUUAUGUGGAUACUACGUUUGCGACUUCAUUCGUGAGAUGGCUGUUUACAGGGAUGCGGAGGACGCUAUACACCACUCUCGUAUGAUAAGCUUGCGGGACUCUCUCAUAACGGAGGCUCGCAUACGAGCAAUCCAAGAGGAACUCGCGGGAUUCUUUCUUAACGAGGCCCUUUCGCCAAAAGGAGAAUACUAUCGGCAGUACAUAGAUCUUACUGACACAAAGAGGACCGACAUUAAUGUACUGUAAACAAUGCAUGCAUUACGUGUACUGUUGACGAUGUCUAUAUAUUCAUGACGAUCUUUUGUGGUUUCU